CGUCAGAACAGAUCACAGAUGAAUAAUGGGGUACUUUUGUUAUUAUUAAGCGUAUAACCUUUAUUUUCGCUUUUAUUUCUAACAAUAAACAUUACAAAUCGAAUGAAUUAGUGCAAAAUAUUGUUAAGUUUGGAAUUAUAUUCCAACCACCGUCGAAUUUUAUGACUCAAGAUGUUCUGCUUACAAGAGAAGGAGUUGCAUUCUGAUCCAUUUAAUGAAAAGGAUCCCCUGGAAAGUCACAACCUCACAGACUCAAGUGAUGAUGAACCUACAGCCAAAAGACUUAAAUAUGACUCGGAACUCAACCUUAAAGUAUACCAGAUACCCACCUUUAAUACACCAAAAUCACUAUCAAUCUAUCCUAUACCUUCAAAUACUCUCUCUAAUUCACUGCCUAAGUUUGUUAACAACCCAUUAAAUUUAGCAAAUCCGUUAGAUUUAGCUGCUAAUGUUAAUAAUGUAGUGAAGUCCUUGCAAAGUAGAUAUUCAUUGCCUUCAAAGUUGAUGAUAACUCCGGUGCCUAAGACUGAUGGAGAGAUAGUAAGAUAUAAAAAAAAUGGUGAAGUAGCAAAGAAGAGAGGGCCACCUAAAGGAUAUAAACGGAAGCCAAAGGAACUAUCUCAGAGUUUUACUAAUGGCACUGUGUUACAGCAAACAAAAAACAAAAUACUGACAAGUCUCCUAGCGACAAACAACACAACGGUGACAACAGUUGAUCCAAUCCCAGAAGUAGCCGCACCAGUUAUAAGCGAACCUAUAAAAUUACCACCAGGUGUAGAGUUAGUAGAACUCUACUUGGAUCCCGAAGACUGGUUCCCAACUGAACCUUAUCGUAUGACAUUCAGCCGGAAAAAGAAUCCCAAGUGGAAGAACUUUCCUUAUCGCUGUGAACAUUGUUUUAAGGGUUACCGAGUGGCAUCGACUCUCAUCAGUCAUGCGGCAGAACGGCACGGCUCAGUGCCAAAAGACCUGGCCAUACCAUGCCCCUGUUGUCCUCACGUGUCGCUGCGGCGGAAGCAGCACAAGAAACAUUUGGAAACACACGCCAGCAGGAAACAUAGGAUAUUCUGUCUCUAUUGUUUACCUCCUAAUGAAACAUCCGAGCCCUUUGUUAAAGAGCCGGUGAAAUAUCCUUUCGACAAAUUCCCACAGUACUGGUAUGCGUCUGAAGAAUCCUUAAGACUCCAUAAGAAAAGAAAACAUCCCUACGCAGCCAUGUUUAAUUACAACUGGUUCGGCACAUGGGCGGAUUAUCAACCGAACAGCUAAGUGUAUAAGUUAUAAAAAAUUUAAGUUAUACAUUAUAUAUAAUUUGUUUAGUUAUACAUUUUAUAUAAGUUCUUAAAUAAAUAGAAAACUUUUACUUAUAUUUUAGUAAUUAUAAGGUGAUAUUGUGUGAAUUAAAUUUUAGACAAUGAUUUUUAAACUUCUUUCACGAUUCAUCGUGUAUACAUUUAAUUAAAACCGAUCAUAUAAUUGCAUGAUGGUUUAAAACUAACUAAUAGAUUCAUU